UUAAAAGUGUAUUAUUCAGAACGUAAUUUCUCUACAUUGAUUUUUAGUUGGUAGAAUACUAUUAUUAGGAGGUAGAGAGAAGCUUUGAGUAAUAUGAAAUUGGAGAAAGUUCUUUAGAAUUUACACGUGUAUCAAAGGAUAUUAUUUAGUUAAAGAUAAUGUCAGCUAUCAGUGAUAGCAACUUGGGGAAUGAUAAUGCUGCUGGAAGUAGCGGGGGAACAGGUGAAUGUAGUAGUAGAACAAGUAAACCACAUUAUUCGACGAAUGUUCUCCAUAGGAUUAGCGGUGCACUUGAAGAUAAAAAUAACGAUUAUCUGUGUCCUAUUUGUUUUGAGGUAAUCGACGAAGCUCAUAUCACACGUUGCGGUCAUACAUUUUGUUAUCGUUGUAUAGUUAAAUCAUUGGAAGCGAAUGGCCACUGUCCGAAAUGUAGUUACACGUUAACGCAACAAGAUAUUUUCCCAAACUUUUUGUUACACGAACUAAUAUCAAAAUAUAAGACUAUCCCUCUGUACGAUGGAUUAAAAGAUAUUGUGACUGCAGAAAGCGCUAAUUUAACAUUACCGGAUGUAAAUGUAAUGUUGGAGGUAUUAACGCAAAGAAAACAUUUGCUUGAAGCAGAAACAUGCGCGGCGCAAAACAAAUUGCUGCAUGAAUUUUUGAAGCACUUAUUGCAACAAAAGGAGGAACAAAAGAAUCAAUUACAAAAGGAGAUAGUAUUAAUUAAAAGAGAUAUGGAGGAAGUCGAGAAUAUCUUAAGGAAUGUUCAAAGUAAGUGUCCUAGAAUCGAAGACUUGAAGAAAUCAAGUGAAAACGACACAGCUCAGGUGUCAGCUAUUAGAAGAGAGAUGAUUGGACUUAUAGAUAUAAUAGAUUCAAAUAUGGUCAAGCCAAAUGAAAAGGCGAUUACGGCAGUAAACGAGACGUUUUCUAAUCCUAUGGGAAGUCAGAAGCAAAGUGAAUACACGGCUGGUUCGACUUUGGCUGUACGUAGAAAAAGAAUGCAUGCUCAUUUCGAUGAUUUUGUGCAAUGUUACUUUGACUCCCGUGCUAAAGAGCUGCUUCUUGGGCAUAAACCUCAAGCGCAGAACGAUGUAUGGCAUGGCACGAAUUCAGGAUUGGAUGUUUUCAGAGAAAAUCUUGUUAAAUUUUCCAAAUACAACACGUUACGUUCAUUGGCCACUUUGAACUAUUCAUCAGACAUCUUCAAUAAUUCGACUAUUGUCUCGAGUAUAGAAUUCGAUAAAGACAAUGAAUUCUUCGCGAUAGCUGGCGUUACAAAACGUAUAAAAGUAUUCGAUUACAGCGCUGUAAUUAGGGACACAGUGGACAUUCAUUAUCCUGGCGUGGAAAUGGUUUCUAGCUCUAAAAUAUCGUGUGUCUCGUGGAAUUCUUUCCACAAGGGAAUGUUAGCAUCGUCCGAUUACGAAGGAACUGUGACAGUUUGGGACGCUACAACGGGUCAGAGAACUAAAACAUUUCAAGAACAUGAAAAGAGAUGCUGGUCCGUUGAUUUCAAUGAUGUCGAUACUAGACUCAUAGCAUCGGGUUCGGACGACGCGAGAGUUAAAUUAUGGUCCUUGAAUCAUGAUCAUUCUGUCGCCUCCUUAGAAGCAAAAGCUAAUGUAUGCUGUGUAAAGUUUAAUCCACGUAGUUCGUGUCAUUUGGCAUUCGGAUCGGCGGAUCAUUGUGUCCAUUAUUACGAUCUACGUAAUAUGAAGGAAGCAUUGUGCAUAUUCAAAGGCCACCGUAAAGCUGUUUCGUAUGUUAAAUUUAUUAACAAAGAGGAGAUAGUAUCUGCGAGCACCGAUUCGCAAUUGAAAAUGUGGAACAUCAAUAAUCCGCAUUGUUUACGAUCAUUCCUUGGCCAUGUGAACGAGAAGAAUUUCGUUGGUCUUGCCACUGACGGUGAUUACGUGGCGUGUGGAUCCGAGAAUAAUGCACUAUAUGUAUAUUACAAAGGACUUACCAAGCAAUUAUUCUCUUAUAAAUUCGACGCUGUUCGAAGUAUAUUAGAGAUGCAAGAAAGAAGAGAAGAGGAUCUGAAUGAAUUUGUGUCUGCAGUUUGUUGGAGACAAAUGUCUAAUGUUGUGGUAGCUGCAAAUUCCCAAGGAAUUAUUAAAAUAUUGGAACUGGUUUGAAGAUGAUUAAAGAAUUAAUGUGUAUAUUAUGAAAUUCAUUCGAUUCAAUUACUCGGGCAUAUAAUAACAACGGGAAGCGAAUAUUUAUUCUAAAUGUUGUAGUAAUUUGUUAUGA